AUGGCCCAGCACUCGUGGCGCGACUCGGAUGCUAGCACCGAAACCCGACAAGGGUCACCACCGCCCCCCUAUUCGGAAUAUCCUCCCUACCACGAGACCGGUCCAGACGAGCGAACACCACUGUUCGGCACCGGCCCCGCCGGCAUAUCCGCUGCCCGGCAUUUACAGUCCUCAAAAGCAGCUCAGCGCAUCCGCCUGGACAUAACCUUGUUCGACUCCGCCCCUCUGGUUGGGGGCCAGCUAGCUCUCAAUGCCUCUAACGGCGGGCAGGUCUUCCCUUACGACGACCCUUUUCAGGAUCCGAUCAUCGCCGAAGAUGUUACUGGCACUGCCCUGAUGUGGGGCAAUCCUCUCUUCACGAGGGCUUCGGAAGAGACGUUGGGAGACGAGGUGCGCUUUUCCGAGCUUUCGAGCCAGGAAAUUGGCUACUUCUCUGGAGGCAUAUUUAGUCAGACAAUUCGCCCUUACGUCACGACUCCGUUUUGGACAUUCGUCGGAUUGGUAUUCAGAUAUGGCUUCUCAGUCUGGCGUGCCGGUGACAUGAUAAAGGAGACGAACAUACGUGAUCGCAUUGCAAACGCGCCCGUGAACAUAGACAUCACGCAGGUCAUGAUCUCGAUAGAUCUUAUGGGAUCCAUAAAGCAAUCUGCUCAGGAAGCUCUCGACGGUCGCGGCAUCGGCUACCCUUACAUAACCGACGUCCUCGGACCCCAGGUCGAGCGAGUCCACUCGCAGAAAAUUUCCGACAUAAGUGCCCUAGCCAUGAUGCUAGCCGCAGCUCAGGAGGACGUAGCUAGCUUCUAUACCGGCGGAGAGCUAAUCAGCAGACUCGACCAGAUCCUCGCCGCGACCGACGCAACCGUCCGAACGGGCGUGGAGGUUUCCGGUAUCAGGUACGCGCAGGUUGGUGAGCAGAAUGCAACCUGGCUUGUGGAGUAUGACACCCGUACCUCACCGCAACCCCGUGCCGAAACCUUCGAUAAGGUCAUCCUCGCCGCGCCUCGACUCGACCUGUAUCGGGCCGCCGCUCAUCGUCAGGACCUGGAGGCCGCCUCGAUCCUAGCAUAUCGCCCGGUAGACGUCGCAUUCUUCACGGUGCCGACGCGCAUCAACCCCGACGUAUUCGGCAGCUACAACCAGCUCCUAUUCCUCGAAGAGCAGAACGGGGAGGAUGAGUACCCCGCAAUCCGUGAGAUGGCAUUCCUGCGAGAGGUCGUCUCGGUCGGAAAUGACGGAGACACCAGAGUCGAAUACCUGUACCGCGUCCUGUCGGAUGCCGACGCCACGGAGCGGCUGCGGAAACUCGAUCUCGGCAUCACCUGGCAAUAUCGCACAAGGCUCCAGCACGGCCAUCCGGUGGUAUACCCUACCGACCGGUUCCCGCCCUUCCAGCUGUCGCCGCGGGGUCUCUGGUGGACCUCGGCCAUCCACUCCGUCGCGAGCACCAUCGAUCUCAGCUGGCUCGCCGGUCAGAUCGUCGCCGAGGACGUUCUCCGAGACCUGACGGCCGGGAAGAAGGGCCCGAAGACGAUGACGGAGGAGGAAGAACAGGAGGAGGGCUGGGAAGGGGAGGGGAAAUUGCCCGCCUAG